UCUACCGGUCCAUUAACAUUCUAUACUACCAAUCCAACCAAUUUUCCUACCACAAAUCUAUUAUCACCUCCCCAUACAAAACCAGCGACAUAUCCUACUACCAGUCCAAUAAUCUUUUGUAAUACUUAUCCAUUAACAUCCUCUACUGCCAGUCCAACCAAUUUUCCUACCACAAAUCUAUUAUCACCUCCCCAUACAAAACCAGCGACAUAUCCUACUACCAGUCCAAUAAUCUUUUGUAAUACUUAUCCAUUAACAUCCUCUACUGCCAGUCCAACCAAUUUUCCUACCACAAAUCUAUUAUCACCUCCCCAUACAAAACCAGCGACAUAUCCUACUACCAGUCCAAUAAUCUUUUGUAAUACUUAUCCAUUAACAUCCUCUACUGCCAGUCCAACCAAUUUUCCUACCACAAAUCCAUCAUCACCUCCCAAUACAAAACCAGCGACAUCUCCUACUACCAGUCCAAUAAUCUUUUGUAAUACUAAUAAAAUAACAUCCCCAUAUUACAAGUCCAAUAACACACCCUACUACCAGCCCAAUAAUUUUUUGUAA